CGCGGGUUAACAAUGUCGAUCCCGAAACCAAGGAGACUGUGUCUAGGAUCCGACUGGAGACGGUUUCUUCUCAUCAACCAGAGGAAAAUGACAUCGCCCUUACUUCCGGCCAUAAUUAUUCUGAGAUCCAACCAGAAAUAACCAACGACGCUGCAUCUCCAGUUCCUCGUCGGCGUAGGAAAUUAAAAAAACUAGACGAAGAUGGUGGAAGUGGUACGAAGUCCGCAAAGCUAUUAGAAUUAAAUGAAGAUGCGGAGAAGAAUGUGGAUGACAUAAUGAUACAGACAUCAGAUACAUUGAAAACUAAUGAUGCUCAAGAAGGAACGGCGAAAGGAAGAAAACGGAGAAAAAGGCUUGUUGCUGGCGAGUCACAACAAGACGCUGAGGGAACCGCCCAGUAUCCCAGCUCGGAAAAAGCCGUUCCUCAAACCAAUCUCGCCCGGGAGAUACAACAGAACAUGCAGCGUUUCUCACACUGUAUCCUCCUCACCCGCGUCGGUCAGUUCUACGAAUCCUACUUCGACCAAGCACCCGUGCUUGCAAAAUUGCUCGAUAUCAAAUUGACCUCUCGUGCCUGGGGUCAAAAGGGAACCCGUGUGCACAUGUGCGGAUUCCCUCUUCCGCAUCUCGAUCGGCACCUCAAGACCCUCGUACAGCAGCAUAAGCGGUUUGUCGCCAUGUGCGAAGAGUUCCCACGGCCGCUAGGAUCAGAGCCAGGGUUCGAUCGCAGAGUGACUCGUGUUGUCACUCCUGGAACUCUUAUCGACGAGAGCUUCCUCAACCAAUACGAAAACAACUACUUGCUUGCCAUAGGGAGAAGCACCGACAUUGGAACCACAGACCGUGGCUCGGAGCAUCUGGACGGUGAAUAUGGGCUGGCGUGGAUCGACGUUUCCACCGGAGAAUUCUUCACACAGCCUACUUCAGUUCUGACACUCCGCAACGAUAUCGCGCGCAUCGCUCCCAAGGAAGUCGUUCUGCACGAAAGUAUGAAGGGCACUGCUGGAAAGUCAGUCCGCGCUCAGAUCGGAGAAGAACUCAGUUGGAUCAGCUACAUCUCUCCGGGAGUAUCUGAACAUUCUCAAUCGACAGAUAUCAGCCCUCCCAUAACAGCACAAGCUGAUGAGCCCUCGGCUGAUGAUAUCGGUAGUCUUGAGGCACCCAGAACAGAGUCUGAUGACGUCCCUUCAAGUCUCAGCUUCCUACCUCUCUCAGACGAAACGUUCACGCCAUCAGAGACAGUUGCUGUCGAGCUCCUCACUACCUUCCUUCAGACAAACCUGCUCGAGCUGAUGCCACGACUGUCCGCUCCCAUUCGAGAGGGGCACGAAGAACGAAUGCAGAUCGAUUCACAUACGAUCAAGGCACUCGAAAUUCGAGAGGAAAUGUUAGAAGGAGGUGCCAAAGGAAGCUUGCUGAGCGUAGUCAAGCGUACUAUCACCACCAGUGGGACGAGGCUGCUUGCGCGAUGGCUGUGUUCUCCAAGCACGUCUUUGAGCCAAAUCAACGCGCGUCAAUCCCUAGUUUCGCUCUUCCACGCCAGGCAACAUCUCCGGAGUGACCUGGAAGAGUUCCUCUACCAGAUCGAAGAUGCUUCUCGAAUUGUCCAGAAGUUCCUCCUUGGUCGAGGCGACGCUAAUGAUUUGCUGGCUAUUCGGGACACGAUCAACGUGACCGACCAGAUCAAAGCACGGGUGCUGCAAGAACGCGAGCUGGAACUGCAGGAGAGCGGCAAACGGGCGGAGGAAUGGUAUUAUGCGGACAUCCUCCUAGAUCGAAUGAGGAACCUCACCCCUCUCGCUGAGCGUAUCGACAGCGCUGUGGACGAAAGCGAAUUUCGCCGACAGGAACGAGCUGCGUUAGGCAUGCCGAGAGAGGAAGAUGAUGACUCUGCGGGGGAAGCUGUUGUGCCUAUCCGGGGACCGGCACUCAAACCUGAUGUCAUCGUGUGGACGAUGAAACCAGACUUUUCUCCCGAACUGCGGGGACUGCAUGAUCAUCUCGCUUCGCUUCAUUCACAAAGAGAAGAGAUGGAACAACAGCUAAAAGCCGAAUUCUCUGCCCCUUCCCUUCAGCUCAAGUCUUCGCUCAACCACGGUCUACACAUCCGGAUCGGGAACCCGAAGCGAGAUUCACGCAAGAUCACCGAGUCAGAAACAGCGGUCAUGAUCGGCCAGUCUGGGUCUUCAAAGUCGUUCUUCUACCCUGCUUGGACCCGUCUUGGAGAGAAGAUCGCCCGCGCGGAACAGGCCAUCCAGUCUGCGGAGAGGAAAGCGUUUGAGAUGCUUAGAUCAGAGGUCAACUCCCAUGCGACCUCGCUCAGACGGAACGCGCGUAUCAUCGACGAGGUUGACGUGACGAUCGGGUUCGCCAACGCCGCACACGAACUACGCCUCGUCAAGCCAGUGAUGGACGACGGCCUAACCUAUCACGUGCAAAACGGUCGGCAUCCCACAGUCGAGCUUGGCCUGCUAGACGCCGGCCGAGUCUUCACGCCCAACAGCGUGACCCUCUCCCCCAGCUGCAGAGUGCACGUCAUCACCGGGCCCAACAUGGCAGGCAAGUCCACCUUCCUGCGUCAAACAGCGCUCAUCGCCGUUCUUGCCCAAACCGGCUCCUUCGUCCCCGCCGACCAAGCACAUAUAGGAAUAGUGGACAAGGUCUUUUCCCGCGUUGGGGCAAAAGACGACUUGUUCAGGGAUAGGAGCACGUUCAUGGUCGAGAUGCUCGAGACAGCCCAGAUCCUCCAGAGCGCGACGGGGCGCAGUCUGGUGAUCAUGGAUGAAGUGGGGAGGGGGACGACGGUACUCGACGGUCUGGCAAUCGCGUUCGCGACCGUGAACCACCUGUAUCAGGUGAACAAGUGCAGGUCGUUGUUCGCGACUCACUUUCAUGAGCUGGUCGACAUGCUCGGGUUUUCUCCCGAGGAGGGCACGGGGACGGGGACGGGCACAGGUGUGGGCAACGCGUUCCCACACAUAGGCUUCUUCUGCACCUCGGUAGACGAAGUAGACGACUCCCACUUUGCAUAUUCGUACAAGCUCCGCCCAGGGGUGAACAGGGACAGUCACGGGCUCAAAGUCGCGCACCUGGCGGGCAUGCCCCAGAGCGCGAUGGACGUUGCGCGGGAGGCGCUGGGUUGCCUGAGGGGGUUGGGCCGGGAGGGGGAGGGGGGGAGGCUUAGGGAGUUGGGGGAGAGACUGGUGAGGGAGCAGCUUGAAACUGCUAGGACGGGAGCGGAGAUGUAG